AUGGCCUUUUUGUUGCCCUCCCUCCCGGCCAAGCACAAUGACUUCUUGGCUUACGUGAAAUCCAACCCAGAAAAGCACAUGAAAGAUUUGAUUGAGCCUUAUGUCAAAUAUGAUGCAGUGCUGCGUCAGACAUUUGCUCAAGCUCCAUCCCAUGCAUCCAUCCAAGACAAUCAUGUCAACAUUGUGCCUCUAUACGAUCAAAAUCGGGCCACAGACAUCCGUAUUCGGGCACGGAACCUGGAAGCCGAGACAGCAGAGGAAAGAGAGAAGUAUAUCUUGCCAUUGAGUGAUGAAAUCAGAAGGUCAAAUGAUUCACCUGCAGUCGUGCCGUCUUUGGAUGAAUUCCAACACAACUUCGCUCUUUUCACAGAAGGGUCACUCAGUGAGAUCGAUUGGUCAAAUGUGGUUGCUGCAGGCAGUGCUGUCGUAACCUCCCUCUUGCCAGUCCCAGAGAAAUAUCGCAACUCCAAGCGAGGCCUGCGUCAGUACUAUCAUGAAGAGUUUGCGCCCGCGUCCGAUGUGGAUCUUUUCUUGUAUGGCUUGACCGAGGAACAGGCGCUGGACAAGAUCAAACAUAUCGAAGACAAGAUCCGCAACACCAUCCUCUAUGAGACCACGACUAUCCGAACAAAGAACACCAUCACAAUUGCUUCACAAUACCCCAACCGACACGUCCAAAUUGUUCUUCGAAUCUAUCGUUCCAUCGCUGAGAUUCUGACCGGAUUCGAUGUUGACGUAUCUUGCGCUGCCUACAACGGCAAACAGGUGUUUGCAUCUCCACGUGCAAUUGCUGCGUACAUGACACAAUUCAAUCAGAUUGAUUUGACGCGGCGAUCACCGUCUUAUGAGAAUCGACUUUCCAAGUAUUCCCAUCGUGGAUUUGAGGUUUACUGGCCUCAACUUGACAGAUCGAAAAUCGAUCCGACCAUUUUUGAACGCAGCUUCACCAGAACUGAAGGCCUCGCCCGACUUCUAGUUCUAGAGAAACUUCCUGGAUCACAAGACAGAGAUAAUUAUCUCCAAAAGAGACGCCAGGAGCGCGGUCGCCCAGCUUUGAACGUCUACAUGCGUCGUCGUCAAGGUAAAGAAUUGAGAGGAAAUAUCAAAGAUGCCUGGGAGGAUGAGGUCCCCGACUGGCAAGAGCAGGACCAAGUGUCUGAUUACCACACUUUUACCAUUCCGUACGGCAAGAACUUCAAUGCGAAAAAGAUUGAAAAGCUUCUUUACACGAAGGACUUGCUCUUAAACGCUCAAUGGAAUCAGCCCAAGGAUCGUGAAGUUUAUCUUCAUCGUCACCCUGCUUUCUUUGGUGAGGCUGAGCACGUAAUUCAUGAUUGUUGUGGGUUCUGUCCUCAGCCAGUCACCGACGAAGAAAAGAAAGUCGCCGACGAGGAAAGCAAAAUGUACAUCUCUGGUGAUGUGACUUUCAUCAAGGAUGACCCUGGUCGUCAGGAGAUUGGCAGCUUUAACCCGAUCACCGAGACUGACUGGACCGAAAUGGCUUACGUCGGCCGAACCGAAAGACUUUGCCAAGCUAUUGUGGCUAACGAUCUUGAAACUGUGAAGGCUUUCCUUGCGGAGGACGGCACUAACCCAGAUCGUCGGGAUUACACCGGGCGAACACCACUGCAAUUGGCAUGCAUGUCGUCCACUUCUGAGGUUGUUCAGUGUCUUGUUGACCGUGGUGCUCGGAUGAUCCCGCGCAUGGCGGACGGAAAGACUGCAUUGCAUCUCGCCGCUGCCCGAGGAGACGCUGAGAUCAUUCGUAUCUUGCUCGCGAAGAGCAACCAGAACGAAGAGGAAGAAGAGAACAAGAAGGAUGCUGAGAAGAAGAAUAGCAAGAAGGAAAUCAGCAACGACGAUGCUAUGAGUAUUGACGGCGGCGAGACAAAGGAUGAUAUGUCGCUCACAUCUGAGUCGUACGUGAAAGUUGAGAAGGAAGACAAGGACACCGAAAUGACUACAUACGACACCCUCGAGGACAAUGAGCUUGAGCCAGAUGUCUACGAUAUCAAUGUGGUUGCUUGGGACAGUCGCACCUCCCCAUUGCAUCUUGCCAUUCUUCAUGGACACGUUGAUGCCGUGAAAGAGCUAGUCACCUCUUUUGGAGCCGAUGUUUUGAUGCCAAUCAAGAUCUUGAACGACUACAGCAAACGUCCGGAGGCAGCAAUCUUAACCUUGGUUCUCGCUCUCUCCCUUCCAUCGGAGAAAGCGAGAGAGAUGUCAAAGACUCUUUUGGAACUUGGAGCUUCGCCGGCCCAGGCCGAUCUGGCACAAAAGACUCCUCUGUAUUACCUUGCCCAUUCAAGUGAGAGUGAACUACUUCAGGUUUAUCUACAACACGAUGAACCAGCAGUGAAGCGGGCGAUCAAUCAUCUGGCUUCCAAUGGUGCGCACUGGUCGCCUGAAUUCACCUCACCUUUGAUGGUGUCUCUCGCCGCCAAGAAUGCAUCAGUGGCAAGCAACCUACUGGACGCGGGUGCCAAGCCAGAGAUCAAAAUCGCCGACUUUGUUAAAGCCCUGAAAGCCCAACGGUCAACAUCCCAAAUUUACGGAGAUGUCGAAGACGAUUUCAAGUGCGGUGUCGACCAGCCAAUUUUGCAAGCCGUUGAAAACGACCUUCCUUUGCUUGCCGUUGAUCUGCUCCAUCGUGGAGUCAAUGCCAAUACUGAGCGGAAGCAACGACACCAAAACACAGGCCAGACAGUUCUUGAUCUUACACGGGGAGUUCUGAAGACCCUUUCCGGGUACAUGGCCGAUCCUAGCUACAGACCGCCAACACGGGACCCCAAUGCUAUGAUAUUUGUCAAGGAUGACCAGUCAUACUUGGCGGAUUUCGUUCCCGGUAGCUACCAGAGGUUCAUUGCGAAUGUUCAGCUACGCAGCUGCCGGAAGAAGGCCCAUGACACUGAGGAGCGAUUCAAGAAAGCCCAGAUUUUGCCCGCUGAUCCACCAGGAACUGCUCAGAAGAGACAAGCCAUUGCGGAGCUGCAUCAGCAAUAUAAAGAUUUGGAAGUCGCGCUGUUGGCAAGAGGAGCGAAGACAUACGAAGAAAUUCACCCUGUGGAUCAACCCCGGCAGAUGUAUGUUCCUCAGAUGCAGCCUGAGGAGAAGAAGGAGCCCAGGAAGAAUUUCUUCCGAGUUCGAUUCAACUUCAACAUGGUCGGCAUUACCGAUCCUUGUCGGCAAGGCUUUUUGCAACUAUUUGAAGCUGCCUGGAAUGGCGAUAUUGCCACCAUCAGAACGCUGACACUGGGUAUGUGGGGAGCAACUCAGGAUCAGCCUCCUCUUGAGAUUGCUGUCUGUGAUUCAAGGGGCAUGUCGUGUCUCUCCAUUGCCAUCAUGCGUGGCCACUUGGAGACCGCCAAGGCAAUUCUUCAAAUCCUGCGCGCACAGCUGAAGGUGCAAGAGCCCCGUGGAAGCAAGCAGAAGCGAUUUGAGAUGGCAGUCGAUGACGAGAGCUCUGAUAUGGACGAGGAUGAGGAUGACGACCGCUUAAACAUCGUUGGUGAUGAAGUUGAUGACACAUUCACUCAUGACAACGUUGGCGAAGAUGCCAGUCAAGUUGAAAGUGAUGUCACUCCUUUCCAAGCCUUCACGAAGAACUUUGACGCUUUUCUGUUCCUCGACGCUCUCCCGCCAAAGCAUCUUUGCAGAAUUGUGCCAGACAGCGGGGCUUAUUGGGGAUCCCAGGAAGGUGCUAAAAUCAACAGCUUCGUCAAAUAUGCGAUCUAUAAGAAUGACCUUCCCCUUUUGGAUUACCUAUUGGAAAUUGGAAAGGAUAUCGCUCAGAACAACCCUCGUGGAAAGCUCGUAUACUCAGUUUCGUCUGACGAGUUCCAACUCGCCAUCGGUCUGGGUCGCAUCGACUGCCUUUCCAAGCUCAUUCAGAGCACUGGGGCUGGGCUUCCACUUGCUAAGUUGAGUCAAGACUGCGGGGUUGAAGCUCGCAAAGAGCAUCAAUAUUAUCCCGGCUUGUCUAUUCGUGGCACCAAGCGUGCCGACUGGGCUGAUGCUGGGCGAGGCGGAGAAAUCGGACACCCAGAUCAGCGUCCACCUCUUCUGAUCGCAGCCCUCCAAGGCAAUCUUGCAAGUACAGAGUUCUUCCUUGGCACUGGCCCAGCACGGUACUAUCUUGAGUACUUGAAUUCGAUUCCAGAGAAUGAGCACGUCAAGAGGCUGGCACAGUCUCAGCUUGGAGUCGAAGCGACUUUGUUGAGCUGGUUGCAGACGAGAAACAAUCUUGCAAUUCACUGCGCAGUGAUGUCUCGGCCGUCUGAUGACACCGAGCGUCUUUUGCAGUACCUCGUUGACCACCACCCUGAAUGCAUUGAGGUGCGAUCUAGUGGUGGACUCACACCUCUCGCCUUGGCUAUGUCCCUCCAUCGAGUUCGGUUUUCCCGCAUUCUCAUAGCCGCAGGAGCCAACCAAGCGACUCGAGAUUCAGGAGCAAACAAUCUUCUACACCUGAUUCUCCACUCUGCCGAGGGUCGCAAUUGCAAGAACUCCGAGCGAUGUGGCAGACUUAUCAGUCUUCUCGAUCAGCGCCUCAUCCCUACAAUGCUAGUAGAAAGAGCAGGCGACAGCUCGCAGACACCUUUCGCGCGCUGGCUGGAGCACUCUCCCCGCCCACAGGAUACCUUCGACCGGAGCGAGGGGGGCAAAACGCUCGUUUCCAUGACAAACCUGAUCCUAGAUCUUGCGCAGUCAUCCAACCAAAGACACCUGGAGCUCUUCGAUGGAGCGGGUAACACUGUCGCCCACGAUGCAGUCAAGGGAGGACAACACAGAGCCUUGGAGCAGAUCCUGGAUCGUCGCCCUGACCUUCUAUACCGCGAGAACGCAACUGGAACGACUGCACUUGAAAUGGCUGUCGACGCAUGGGUGAACAAACAGACCUCGGCUCCACCGUCAAGUCCACACAGGAACAGAAACCCACCAGUUCACCGCAUGAAUAUGGUUGCUCGGGACCCUAUUUACUUUGUCGAGGGUGUUUGUGCUCCAGAUAAUGAUGUGAACAUCAUGCUUCGGGUCUGCCAGGGUCGCGCUCGCCAAAGUCCCUCCAAGAGAAGAUUGGUGAGCCUGUUCGAGGCGAAUGAGGUUGCAAAGCGGUUGGCGGCUCGAUCUGAGGUUACUGGGGAAUACGGAUAUGGAUAUGGUCGUCGUCGGGUUCGGGGUCGUUAUCAGCACUCAUCUGAUCGUGAACAAGAUGAGGUUGCUAUGUCUAAUGUUUUGGCUGCGCAUUGA